AGGUGUUGGUGCUACUAUUGGAACUGUCUUUGCUUCUAUGACUCAUGUAUGUCCAUAUGCUGUUGGUGCUGAUAUUGGUUGUGGAAUGAUUGCUGCACCAAUUGAUGGCUUAACAUUGAAUAAUUUAAAUGAAAAAUGGAAAAGAGAAAUUCAACAAGAAAUUAAAACAUCAAUACCAACAGGAUUUGAUGCAAGAGUGAAAGCACAUAAAAAAGCUGAUCGAAUUAUUCAUGAUUUAGGUAAAUGUACAAAUUAUUUAAAAAAUAAAAUAUGUGAUAUAACAAAAAAACAAUUAGGUACACUUGGUUCAGGAAAUCAUUUUCUUGAAAUACUUUACGAUGAAAAUGAACAAGUUUGGAUUAUGUUACAUAGUGGUUCACGUCGAAUUGGUAAAGAAACCUGUGAUUAUUAUCAUAGUGUAGCCGGUCGUCAAAUGUCAAAACGUCGUUUACCUGUCAUUAAUGAAUUAAAAUAUUUAGACAUUGAUUCAAGCGAAGGUCGAGAUUAUUUAAUAGAUAUGCGAUGGUGUUUAAAUUAUGCUGAACAAAAUCGUCGAAUUAUGUUAGAUGAACUUUGUUCAAUAGUUAAAUCAGUUACGGGAUAUGAAACAGAUCUUAAACGCAUGGUUAAUAUUCAUCAUAAUUAUUGUCAACAAGAAAAUGUUUCUUUUGAUAAUUCUCAAGAAGAAUUAGUUUGGAUAACAAGAAAAGGUGCUACAAGUGCACGAAAAGGUCAAUUAGGCAUUAUUCCUGGUUCAAUGGGUACUGGUUCAUUUAUUGUUGAAGGUUUAGGAAAUCCCUUAUCAUUUUAUUCAUGUUCUCAUGGUGCUGGAAGAAUAAUGUCAAGAACAAUGGCAAUGAAAAACAUUUCUCAACAAUCAUUUGAACAAGCUAUGAAAGGUAUUGUUAGUGAUACCAACACAGCAUUAAGAGAUGAAGCACCACAAGCAUAUAAAGAUUUGACAAUAGUAAUGACUAAUCAAGAAACAUUGGUGAAAAUUGUUCAUCGUCUUAAACCGCUUAUUAAUGUCAAAGGCAUAUCCGAUAGUAAUAUACGCUAUUCAAAGAAGACAAGAAAGAAAAGAUAA